AUGCCACAAGGACCGGGCUCCAACGCCAAGGCAUACGGACGCGUACCGCCUCUGCCACCAUUUCCCCAACUCAUGCACAUCAAAGACUCUCCUCCUCGAUCGCGAUCCUUUUCAGGGGAACCGGUGGACGAUGAGGGAGCUGCGAGUGGGGAGGAUGACGAGAUCGAAGACGCGGCGAGCUCAAAGGACGCCAAGAAGGAGAAGAAACCGCACGCAACGCGUCGCCGAGUUGUGCAGAGUUGUUCAGAGUGUCGCCGCCGAAAAAUCAAGUGUGAUAAGAAGUUUCCAUGUGGUCCUUGCAUUCUGAGGCAAGAUCAGGCCCGUUGUCACGAGGUUGGAACUGCGGAGAAGCAGUUGGUCGCGUCGUCAAACUACGCCACAACCCAAGAUCUUGCAAACUUGGCACACCGUGUCGAUGCGCUCGAGGCUGCUCUCCUCAAGUCGGGUUCGCUCAUCCCGGCGGAUCUCGAGCAAUGCCUGACAGCAGUGCGCUCCAAAAUCUCUGCAGCGCCAGCCACUGAAACGCCGGCUACAAAUGUUAAUCCGCCAAUGGGCGGUACCGCGCACGGCGAGGACGAGGACCCCGUCAGCGAUACAGAAGGUGCCGCCCUCACCCUUGAACAUCUUGCGUUUGGCCGCUCUCGGGUCGACGGCUCUCACUCGCUUCCCCAUUUCCGCGACUCUCGCGUUUCUUCGGUUAGCAAGCCUGCUCCCGGUCAAGGUUACCAUCUUGCCCGGACGGGCUUGGCAGCCGGCGAAACUGCGGCCAACGCAAUGAACACUGGUUUUGCGCCGGGUGCGAGCCGCAGGUCCUUCGACUUCAAGCCACCCCUCAACAACGAUGACCGUGUAGCCCACAUGCUGGCUCUGGCCGAUAGCAUGGCCCCCAGCGACGUUUUCGACAUGUACUUCAAGAAGACGGAGAUUGUGAUGUACGCGCUUACUCGCGUGCUGCCGUCCAAGGAGCGUGGCGAGUUGUUGGUGAAUGCCUUCCUUGAUCGCGUGGACUGGCUGCAUCGACUGUUUCAUGUGCCAACAUUCCUGAGCCAGUGCCGCGACUUGUGGGCACUCCCUCAAGACCGCGUGGUACACGAAAUCUCGAUGCCCUUCAUCGCAGUGUACCUUGUUGUCAUGACGCUUGGACUGCACUUUAUGGAUGCGUCCGAGGCCAACCAGCACUUUACUCCCGAGGAGGUGCAGACACUGUCCGAUGUGUGGUACAGUGCUGCGCGCUCGGCCCAAUGGUCCAGCGAUUUCAUCGGCACGCACACCCUCGAGAACCUGCAAGCGGUGAUCCUCAUGACGGUGCUCAUGAACAACCGCGACCGUGCGGACGCUGCGUGGGCCCUCCUGGGCGCCGCCAUCAAGAUGGCCCAGGGUCUCGGUCUGUCACGUCUCGGUGCCGAGCAGCAGAGCGUCGAGGGCCGCCCCUUGCCCAUGUGGAAGGGCCGCUGGGAGAGUCUUAUCCAGCGUGAAGUCGGUCGACGUAUCUGGUGGAACCUGGUCUUCCUCGACUGGUCGCUUGCACCAAGCUACAACUAUGCGUCGAGUAUUCAGCCCGAUCAGAUCAAGGCUGCCCUCCCCGCAAACAUUGAGGACGAGGACCUCAUCGAUGGCCAGCCUCUUCGCCCCCAGGCGAUGAAUGUCCGCACGCGCAUGUCGUUCCAGCUCGCCAAGCUCAAGUUUGCCGAGAUUAGCCAGCGCCAGAUUUGGCAGGCCAACAACAACAACCACCCGCCAUACUCGUUCAUCCUCAGUGUUGACCGCGAGCUGCGCAAGGCCAUGCUCGAGAUGCCCGCCUACUUUCAGCCGGACAACAACCCCGGCCCCGUUUCGCAAGAUUCCAAAAAGCUCGUCGAGCAUUAUGAGAAGAUUACACUCAGUCUCGCCAUCCACUCGCGCAUGCUGCGUCUCCACCGCCCGUGGCUGUCGCGUGGCUACGAGGACGAGCGCUACGCGUACUCGAAGGAGCAGUGUAUCCGUGCGGCUCGCGCCAGUCUGCGUAUGAUGUCGGACACGAGCGGUGUUGCCCGUUUCUUGGAAAAGUGGUGGAUCCCCCUGUUCUACGUCACCGUCUCGGGCAUGGUCGUCAUCAUCGACCUUUUGAAGACGGCCAAGCGUGAGAUGAAGAGCAAGGUGACAGAGGAGAAGAUUGCCGAAGUCAAGGGUGCGCUCGACCAGAUGAGGCAUAUUUCCCAGACGUCGGUUCCUGCAAAGGCGGCCAUCAAGGUGAUGGACUUCCUUAUGAAGGAACGCAGGCGCCCUGGUGGUUCUGCGCUUGGCAAGCGCAAGCUUACAAAUGAUGGCGAGGGUGGGGACGACGAGGAGCACAACCUGCAGCGCGCCGUCAAGCGCCUCAUUCACCAGGCCCAGCUCGAAUCCGACAGCCCUACCUCCAACGGUCCGGGGACUUCAUGGGUGUCGCCGUCAUCCGACCCUACACCGAUUACGGCUAGCCCCCAUGAAAGGGCCGACCCAACUCCCGAGCGACCGGUCUUUGGCGCGUACCCCAUGCCCCAAUCGAUCCCCCCAAACCAGCCUCAGUUUGAUGGAAACAACCAGGCCCAGGCUGGUACCGCCAUCGGAGCCUCCUUCCCGGGCCAGUUUGCGCUGCAGAAUGCGCAAGGAGCAUUCAACUUCAACGUCGACCCAACCAACCUCUCGGGCUUCCCGGCUCUGGACCAGGCUCCUGUGUUCCAGCCCCAGCAGGGCCCGCACCUCGACCCGGCCGUCGAGUCCAUGCUCGCGUCCUACUUCCCGGCUCCGCCAAACAACCCCAACGCCGGCGAGGUUGGCCCUGCCGGUCAAUCGCAGGUGCCCGACGACUUCCUGAGCCGCGUGUUCAGCUUCUCGUGGGACAACAACAACAACAACAACAACAACGUUCAGCAAGGACAGCCGAAUCAGCAGGCCGGCCAGCCCCAGCAGCCCCAGCAAAGUGGACAGACUCAGCAGGUAGUGGGCAGCAACCAGCCCACCCCUACACCCAUGGGCCGCCCUGCCAACGGCACCGCUGGUCCCAACCCGCCGCAGCGCCAGGACUCGUUGCCUGGUUACGGCGCGUUUGACUGGUCGAGCUCUGGGUGGAUGGCGUAA